AUGACGUCCAAUUUGCGCCUCGGAUCCAGGCUCAGGCUGAGCGACGGCAACCUGAUCCCUCGUCUUGGUCUCGGUGUCUAUGAGAUGGACGAUGCGGAGACGCGGCGUGCCGUCACCUGGGCGCUCGACGCUGGCUACCGCCACUUCGACUGUGCGGAAUGGUACUACAACGAGAGGGCAGUCGGAGAAGCCAUCCGCCAAUACCUCCAGAGGCCCGGCUGUCAGCUCGAGCGAGCCGACAUCUUCUAUGUGAGCAAACUCCAGUCAAAUCGCGGCUAUCAGAGCGCCAAAAGCUCGAUCCAGCAGAGUCUGCAGGCGUGUCAGCUCGGAUACAUCGACCUGUACCUGGUGCAUUCGCCUUACGGCGGCAGGCAAAGGAGGCUGGAGAGCUGGAAGGCAAUCGAAGACGCCAAGGACGCAGGGCUGCUGAAGAGCGUCGGCGUGAGCAACUACGGUCAAAGGCACAUCGAGGAACUCCUCGCCACCUGCCCGAAGCACGAGCCGGUCAUCAACCAGUGCGACUUGCAUCCAUUCAUGGCUCGUGCCGACCUGGUCGAGUACUGUCGGAAGAACGAGAUUGCGCUCGAGUGCUGGGGCCCCUUGGUCCGGGGCGAGCGAAUGGAUCACCCGACACUCAAGAAUCUGGCCAAGAAGCACAGUGUCACGCCUGCCCAGGUUUUGAUUCGGUUCUCGCUGCAACGAGACUACGUGACGAUCCCCAAGUCGGUGUCGAAGGACCGGAUCGAGGAGAAUGCCAACGUAUUCGACUUCGCCCUCGACGAGAAAGACAUGGAGCGGCUUCUGAGCCUGGACGAAUACCUCGUCACCGACUGGGAUCCCAUUGGGGACGACUCGGUCUAA